GCGGGUUGAUUCGUCCUUCCUCCAGCCGCGAGUGUUUGCUCGCAGCUCGGAAAUGGCGGGAUUUGGUGCUAUGGAGAAAUUUUUGGUUGAAUAUAAGAGUGCAGUGGAGAAAAAACUGGCAGAGUACAAAUGUAAUACCAAUACAGCAAUUGAACUAAAAUUAGUUCGUUUUCCUGAAGAUCUUGAGAAUGACAUAAGAACUUUCUUUCCUGAAUAUACCCAUCAACUCUUCGGGGAUGAUGAAACUGCUUUUGGUUAUAAGGGUCUGAAGAUCCUGUUAUACUAUAUUGCUGGCAGCCUGUCAACAUUGUUCCGUGUUGAAUAUGCAUCUAAAGUUGAUGAAAACUUUGACUGUGUAGAGGCAGAUGAUGUUGAGGGGAAAAUUAGACAGAUUAUUCCACCUGGAUUUUGCACAAAUACGAAUGAUUUUCUUUCUUUGCUGGAAAAAGAAGUUGACUUCAAGCCAUUUGGAACUUUACUCCAUACAUACUCUGUUCUCAGUCCUACAGGAGGAGAAAACUUUACCUUUCAGAUAUAUAAGGCUGACAUGACAUGUAGAGGCUUUCGAGAAUAUCAUGAAAGGCUUCAGACCUUUUUGAUGUGGUUUAUUGAAACUGCUAGCUUUAUUGACGUGGAUGAUGAAAGAUGGCACUACUUUCUAGUAUUUGAGAAGUAUAAUAAGGAUGGAGCUACGCUCUUUGCGACCGUAGGCUACAUGACAGUCUAUAAUUACUAUGUGUACCCAGACAAAACCCGGCCACGUGUAAGUCAGAUGCUGAUAUUGACUCCAUUCCAAGGUCAAGGACAUGGUGCUCAACUUCUUGAAACAGUUCAUAGAUACUACAUUGCAUCUCCUUCUGUUCUUGAUAUUACAGCGGAAGAUCCAUCUAAAAGCUAUGUGAAAUUAAGAGACUUUGUACUUGUGAAGCUUUGUCAAGAUUUGCCUUGUUUUUCUCGGGAAAAGUUAAUGCAAGGAUUCAAUGAAGAUAUGGCAAUAGAGGCACAACAAAAGUUCAAAAUAAAUAAGCAACAUGCUAGGCGGGUUUAUGAAAUUCUACGACUACUGGUGACUGACAUGAGUGAUGCUGAACAAUACAGAAGUUAUCGACUGGAUAUUAAAAGAAGAUUAAUUAGUCCUUAUAAGAAAAAGCAGAGAGAUCUUGCUAAGAUGAGAAAAUGUCUCAGACCGGAAGAAUUGACAAACCAGAUGAAUCAAAUAGAAAUAAGCAUGCAACAUGAACAGCUGGAAGAAAGCUUUCAAGAACUUGUAGAAGAUUACAGACGUGUUCUUGAACGCCUUGCUCAAGAGUAGAGUAUAUUGUUCUGUACAAGAAAUUUGAAGUUUUCUGUACAUUGUGUUGUGGAAAAUUCAGCGAUGACUUUAAUUUUUAGAUCUUGUAACAUUUUGCUUACAUUAAAAGUUAUCUUUAGUUGAAUA